AUGCCCCCCAGUGCUCCCGAUGGCUCUCCGGAAGAGACCAAGGCCAGUCCUUUCUUCACAGUACCCGCUCCUAUCAAGCGUCUCUUCGACAAUUUCCCACUGAUUACCUAUCCCGCCAACGAGAUCCCUCGACGCUUGAAAUCGCACGACAAUGUUAACCAGCUGUUCGUGUUCACCGAUGCGCGUGGUGCACGAGAUGGCAGGCCCUCCUUUAAUCCUCAAUGUCUCAAAUGGCAGGCAUACUUGAAAUUCGUCGGAAUUGACUUCGAGAUCACCUCGUCCAACAAUCAUGCCUCGCCGACGGGUGCCCUGCCUUUCCUCCUUCCCUCGCUGCCUACAGAUACCUCGAACCCAAUCCCUUCACACAAGCUCCAAAAAUGGGCAAUUGAACAAAUGCACUGCGAGGAAGAACAGCAAUUGAACAUGCGAUUUGAGGUGUAUUCCUCGCUGCUGGAUUCCCGGAUACGCAAUGCUUGGUUAUACAUGCUUUACUUAGAUAGCGAGAACUUUGAGGCAGUCGCACGCCCACUCUACGUGAACUCCACAACCUCGAACUCCGCCGUACGCGCUGCUCUCGGUCGCCAACUCCAACAGGCCGCCCGCGACGAACUUCUCAAGACCGCACGCUACAUCGACGCCGCUGAUCUAGAAGGUGAUGCAGCCGGCGCAUUCGAAGCGCUAUCCACCCUUCUCGGCGAAGAUGAGCACUUCUUUGGCCGACCAAACCCAGGCCUCUUCGAUGCCAGCGUCUUCGCCUACACACAACUGAUCCUGGACGACACAAUGGGCUGGAAACGAAACCGACUGGGGCAAUUGCUCAAAGAGCACUCCAAUCUUGUACAACAUCGCGACAGACUACUUAAAUUCUUUUAA